CCCGUCAUAGCAAUGAUAAAAUAAUAACCGGAAAUGAUGACUCACAGAUUGAAUAAUUUCAGAGCGGGCUUUAUUGAAAAUAAAACAGGAAGUACAUAAUCAGCCUGGAAUAUUUUUUAUGCUUCCCGUGCUUUAAAGUUUCUGCAUUCACUGUUUUCUUGAUUCCACAUUUUGGAAUUUAAGCAUGACUUUAUGAAGCUAAACCUUCGGCAAACUUUUUCUGAAUUAGGGUGUGGUUUUUGUUAAAUUCAGAAUGAAACUGAAACUAAACUGUUUAACUCAUCAGCAUCAUGUUUCUACUACAGGAAUAAAGAAUGCCAAGUAUUAAGGACACAACACUUAUAAAUUUAUAAAUUUGCUUUUUGUGUUGUGGCUUCUUCAUUGAAACCUUGUACUGUUGUUAGUGGCAGCAGUUUUUUUUUUGACAAUAAUCUAAUGUUAAGAGAGAGUCAUCUAAUAUGGAAAUGUUUCAGGCAAUAAGCAAGUGGCUUUGGAUAUGAGUUAUGGUAUUGUUGAGAAAGCAGAAAGUCAAAGGUUAGUUUUGUAUCAGAAUUCAGAGUGCUGUGACUUGAACUCAGAUCCUCAAUUCAUACAUCAGUGUGGAACCUCUUACCACACCAGAGUGUUUUCUUGCAGACCUCUACAAGUUACUAGUCUGAGCGUGGUCUGCAUUCAGACUUGGAGAGAACACAUUCAGUAAUGGUAUUCUCCUGACAUGGAGGGAAUAUGAUAAAUGACAUACUCUGAUCUUGACAUUAUUCUGUUAGAUUUCUGUCAGGCACCUAUGAGACAUAAGAAAAUAACAUUGUGAUCAAUCUUUAUUUUUCUCAUUUCUCUAAAGCAGACUUUUUAAAUCCAUGAUAUUGCUGAAAGGAAAAGUAUUGUCUAUUUAGCAAACCUACUAAGCGCCAUGACUGCUUGUUGAUCUAUUCUUACUGUAGAGAGAAAUUUCACUGCGAUUUAAAGAGCCAGUGGUAAAUGGUUCUAAUGAGGCAGAAAAUAUGCACGAAUAACCUCAUCAAAGAAUAAGCUUCUAGGAUAAAUCUGUGGAGGUUGAUGUCUGUGAUCUUUGGAAUAAAAUGCCUUUUGUUGAUGGUUACUUUAGGAGUUCUGAUGAAAAACUCAUUUACUAUAGAGAAUAUUCAACCAACACCUUCUCCAACUUCCAGCAAAGAAGUUUCUGAAUGCUGUGCUUGCUUAGAAAAGUGGGUUGGAUAUCAAUGUAACUGUUACUUCAUUUCCAAAGAAGAAAAAUCUUGGGAAGAGAGCAGAGAUUUCUGUGCUGCUAAGAAUUCCAGUCUCCUUCAUCUCAAAACUAGAAAUGAAAUGCAGAAUUUUAUGAGCUCCAGUCAAAACUAUUUCUGGAUUGGAAUGCAAUAUCAUGAAGAACGGGAUGCCUGGCUAUGGGAGGAUGGCUCAAGCCUUUCAAAAGAUUUAUUUCCAGAGUUCUCAUACAACAAGACAAAGAACUGCAUUGCAUAUAUCCCAAGCAAAACUAUUUUCAUUGAACCCUGUAAAAAUAAAAACUAUUUCAUCUGUAAGCAACUGCUUAUUUAAAGAAUUCUUAAGGCACAGGGUAUAGACAAGAGAGGUCCAGGAUUAGUUCAACAUUACUUACCUCUCACAGUGUUACUACCUUUUCAUCUGGAGAUGGUAGAAUGUUUCUGCAUGCUAUCAUUUUCAUACAUUUGAACUCAAAUAUUUUAUGCUUGUUGGAUUUUUCACACAUGUGCAUAAAAUUAGGAUGAAUCAAGGUAGAGAGUUUUCAUAACUAUUUUGAUUUAGUGCAUGCUCAAUAUGCAAUAUAAUUUAAUCCACAUUCUUGUAAAGUUUUCUUGGAAAAAGAAUAAAAUUUAUUCCAAACCAA